UGUUGGGACUCUGUUGUGUUAACGCCUGCUAACCUGCAACACAUCGUACCAGUAGAUGGUUAAAAUAUACUUCGCUAUUCACACGUUUGUUUAAGUUUUCAAUUUGCAAUGCACCGUUUAAUGAUUCUCAUCCUGCUGGUUCAGUUAUCUUCCAUUGAAGUAUUCAGCGAAGAUGCGUAUGAUGAAGAUCCUCUAACAUUUCUGGAAUCCCACAUCUCCAAAUACAGACCGUACAAAACAUUCCACGAUAAAGAUCGCGGAUUUCCCGACUUCAACUACUUGCGAUACUCGCGUGGGCGCAGUGAAAGCAUAUUGCCAUUUAUGGACGAUCUGGAAUCCGAGUACGACGACAACGAGGAACAAUUCGCGAGGCCCACCCGUUCGCAAGACAAAAACGAUAAUUUCGUACGGUUCGGCCGAGGAAAUUCCGAUUUUAUUCGAUUCGGCAGAGAUCCCUACAAGUACGGUAGAGAAAUGCGCGCCAACGACCAGAAUUUUUUACGAUUCGGUCGAAACGCACCCGAAAAUGAUACCGAAAAGAAACGAAGCAAGAGGAGCGUCGACGUCCAAGACAAACGUGGAAGCGACAGCUUUCUGAGGUUUGGUAAGGCCGGUGACGACAGUUUUAUCCGAUACGGCCGUAAUCAGCAAAAGACGAAACUGAAUUUGGAAGAAGAAUUCCCAAUGCCAACGGUCUCGCGGCCAUUGCCUCCCAGUUUCGAGCUCGAGGGAACUUUGCGUUUUCCUUUGGUUUUAAACGACAGGAUAUUGCAUAAAUUCCCAUUAUUGACAAUCUUAAAAAAAUUAGAAGAGGUAAGGCAGAAUCAUUGACCUUGCAAGACUGUUAUUAGAUUGUUUGAAUUAUUUUGAAAGAUACUUAGUAAUGAUCUUUUAAAAAUGUAUUCAAUCAUAAAUGUUAUAAAAUGUGGCUGGAACAUGUAAUACUUAGAUGUUUUGUUAACUUCAACACUGAUUAAAUGGAAAAUAUAAAUAAACGUUUGAUAUUGA